AUCAGUCAGUAUCACACACCACUGCUAAACAAACAUCUCAGAGCAGAGAGGAAAAAUGAAAAUGACGUAUGGAGGAGAGAAGAAGAUAACUGUGGAAGAAUACGUUGAUUUCUUCACCUCUGGGAAUUCCCGCAACUUCACCAUCUCUUACCUCAAUCAGAUCCUUCAUAUGCAUGGUUUCCGAAAGCUUCACAAAUUGCAGAAGAAAAUUGUUGGCGAAGCCGUUGAUACACUGGAUCUUCUAGAUCUCUCUCGCUCAACUCUGAAAGAAGCCACAGUCUCGUCGCCGUCAUCGUCUUCCCUAACUCUCGACGAAGUCAUAAGCGACAUCGAAGCUCUGAAAUGGCAGGAAUGCUGCUUAACCUCGCUCCAGAUCAUCAAUUCCCAGGAAAUUACUGGAUCAGUGCCCAAACCCAAACAGAAGAAAUCCAACAAGAGAAAGAAAGCUACUAUGAAGAAAUCGCUCAACGCUAAUUUCGGAGAUGAGAAUGAAAACACAAUAAUGAUGAUGAUCCCAGCUAUUCCGAGAAAGAUGAGAAACAAAAAGACGAAGAAGAACCUCAAAAGCAUCACCACAUUAGUCAAUGACGCUGCAUCAGCAUCGAAACCACUCUCUGACUACAAUUUCUCGUCAAGGUUUACUUCUAUUCCUUGAUCUCACAUUUCCAAAUUCAAACUCUGUGUUUUUUCUGCUUUUAAUGUUCUUGACAAGUUGGUGAAUUUUAG